UCUUGUGGAGGAUGGUCGAUUAAGAGACUAUAUGAUGAAGAGUAUUGGAAAGACAUGGAAAAAUACUAGAUGUUCUCUCUAUCAUCGCUUUUAUAAAGAGUCACUAACUUUUGAGGAAAAUGUUGCAAGACGUCCCAGUGGAAUUGAUCUUGACCAGUGGACAUGGUUUCUUCAAUACCACAAGGAUAAGAAAACACAGAAGACGUGCAAGCAGAAUGCUGAAAAUCGACGGAAGCAAACUUACACACACUAAUGGUUCAAAAAGCUUACCUAGGAGAAAGGUUGAAGAGGAGCGUAAACGUGGGAGACCAAUGAGUAGAGGAGAGUUGUGGCCCUUGACUCACAAACGGAAAGACUCGACAUAUAUGAAUGAAGCAGCCAAACUUAUUAGUGAGCAAAUAGAGAGGAUUGAAAGUCAGGAUGGCGUGUCAAAGAAAAUUUCAGAAUUUGAUUCACUUACACAAGUGUUAGGAAAGGAACACGCUGGUCGGGUUCGAGGAGUGGGUUAUGGGCCGACACCUACUCAAGUGUUUGGCCAAACAUCCUAUCAAUUUAAUGGUGUAUAUUCAACACAAGCUAAUCGAGAUCAUGAAAUGGAGGAGUUGAAGUUGAAGAUGCAAGAGCUUCAAUCAGUGGUGGAAAGUGAGAGAUCUAGAAGGCGAGCUCUUGAGAACUUUCUAACAAGAUACAUAGUCCAACAAGGAAUGGAAUUGCCGGCUGAGUUGGCUGAUAUGGGUAGUGCUGCGGCGGCUUCAAACAGGCCAAGACCAUCUUCCUCAUCCAAAUGUUGAAACCCACCGCGAUGCUAAUCAUGCUAUGUUCAACCUGGAUUUAGUUUGUGAUGAAUUCUAGUUCUAAUUUUGUUAGCAAUGAACUUUGUUUUUCUGGAACUGUGGAUUUUGCACCAGUUUAUCAGAUUUUGGGUCUUAUAGUUGGACAAAUAGAAAUUGUUCUGUUAAGAAUUCUCCAAAUUGGAGCUAUGUUGCUUUGUUUUUGAACCUAUUAUUCUAGUUAUUUGAGGGUUUUUUGUCCAUGUGCCUUUGUAUUUAGUAGUGCAAAUUGUUUUGUUCAGAAUUCUCUAAAGUACUUUUUCUAUAGAAUUGCUAUGUUGUUAUA